AUGGGUCUCGAAAAAAGACGAGUGGAUAAACUGGUCUCCGAGAAACAACUUUGGGUCAUUGCCAUUGUCCUAGAGCCUGGCGCCUCCCGAUUUGGACCUGGUCUCUUCAACAAAAGUAGGAUAUAUGGGGAUCAGACCACAACAGUCCACAAAAUACGCGAUAAACUCUAUCAAGAGCAAUGUCUUCACUUUGUGGUGAGGGCAAGUGAUCUUCAGAGCGUCGUUGAAGAUUUCCAGAAAGAGUGCAAGAAAUCAUCCAAGAGCCCCCUGGCCCAGUUCUUCCCCAGACAUCCCCGGCAGCCUUUUCUUCAGGAACGAGACUACGCCUCUGCCGGAAAACGCCCCUAUGUCAAACCUGAAGUGAACUACGGAUUCCGCAACUGGUUCUACUACAACACAUUUGUCGGGUACGGAACAAUCAUUGAACACGAGAACGAGUUGAAGCGUGUGGAGAACGGCCAACUCUUUGAAGCCAAAAUCCAAGUCUUUGCUGUUUCGCGAGAGGACUCUAGUACCUACAUGGCCUGUAUGAUGAUACCGGACUGGAUUGAAGGCCUUCGAGUGGGCAGCACUGUUCAUAUUCGCUGGCAACCAUCUGACCUGACGGCUUCGGUCGCGGAAACUGAUGCGCAGAACGACGAAGAUUUCAUGACACUUGAGCAACUUGAGACCAUGAACCGAUGGACAGGAGAAGUCAUUGAACCGCUUCCAGCUGCGCGUAAGGACACAAUCUCCUUGAUCAUCCACCGUCCAUCAAAGGAGACUCCCGGUGCCCGACAGCCCAAGCUUGCCAGCAAUUUGAGAAAUGCUCCAUUCGAAAAGGUCAUGGUCAAGAUUUCAGUGAGCUGUCAACCUUUCAACCGAUUCCUGGCAUGCAAUCGCGACUUGCAACAUUGGUCGAACACAGAAGUAUGCCGUGAAUUUCUUGGUGGUGACUUAAUGGCUCUUCCUCAAGUUGAUUUGCUGGGGGACAUAGACAAGGAUCUCAUCGAAGAAAAGUUUGCACAAGGUCGAGUCAAUCCUGACAUCCGAAAAAUAAUGGACGAACUGCCCAACGCGCGGGGCCGAUUCUUCAACAUCACAGGUCCAGCAGGAAGUGGCAAGUCCUAUGUGAUGGUCAUCUUGUCUCUGUUGAUGCUCAAAGGUUCCAAGAUGUUCUAUCCUGUACACCCUGAUGGUGCAACUGGAGAUUGGAUGGAAACCUUCCACGAAUCCGAAAAAGGCACCAGGGUUGUGAGAAAAGAACCGGAGAGGAUAUUGCACAAACCGCAGGUUGUAUUGUCUUGUCCAACGAACUUCUUGGCGAGCGAGAAUUGUGUCAAGAUACAACGCGCCGCCGAUGAUCUGUUUACUGGCGAGCCUAUCAUGAUAAUACGCGUUCAUCCCCGGGAGUUAGAGUUGCUCAUUGCAAAGCAGAGUUACACUCGCCGCGAGCAGUAUCCCCGAGUCGCAAAACCCGAACAUGAUCAAGAGGUCGAAGAAGACAUGAGCGCAGAAGGCUUAAUCAAAAUUCUCAAGGAAGUCCUGGAGCAUUACCGAAGAUGUCUCCCUUCAAUUACUUCUGUGACACCAGGUAUCAAUGACAACAGGCUUCAGUUAAUGGGCCACUCCCUGGGUCACAGAAUGCUCCAAGUCUGUGGUAUUAUUCCGGGAUGUCCAUGGGCCGUGUCAGGAGGAUAUCCCAAGUUCGUGGAUUAUCACCUGGCUAUGUUGGAAGGAGAACGGAAGCUCAAUGACAAAGACGAGCUCGCUUUCGAGACGGACAUGAAGCGGCUGGCAAGAGACACCAUGGCCAAAGCGGACAUUGUUGUCGGGACUCCAUUUGUUCUCGGCACACCGCUUAUGUGCCAUGGUCUUCAUCCUACUGUGGUCUUCAUAGACGAUGCAGGGAUGAGCAAGGAAGCUGACCUUUUGCCUUUGAUUACGUAUUACUUUCCGAAGGCAUUUGGACUUUUCGGCGACCCAAAGCAGCUGCAGCCAACAAUACUGUCAACCACGGCGGAAAACCCAUUUCGUGAGCAGAUUUCGGUGUCAUUGUUGUCGAGGAUGAUCAGUAACGGCUGUGGAACAUUCACUUUGGACCAUCAGCAUCGGCUCACUGGUCAAAUUCACCACUUUACCAAUCGCCUCUUCUACCGCAACGAAGUAUCCUCGCAGAACGCAAAGCAUCUGGACCCACUCGAAUGGGCGUCGAAGAUCAAGGAACACAAUUUCCGCAAGUACAACGUCAACUCGAACGUUGUCUUUUUGAACCUACCGAGAAGCCAAGAGACCAGCGUCAAAAAUUCCUGGGCGAACCGAGCACAUGUGGUUGUGGGUCUUGAUAUUGUCUAUGACCUUGUCUCCGAUCAUACGAUCCCAAUCGCUGACAUUGUCAUUCUCGUUGGAUACGAUGCCCAGAAAAGAGAGUACCUGGCUGAGAUCUCCCGCCGCGUUGACAGCCGACGUGAAUUCGAGUGGUUGGAUAUUCGCAUCUGCGUAAUUGAGACAUUUCAAGGCAACCAAGCUCCCUUUGUGAUCUUCGAUCUUGUGCGUUCCGAUACCUUGGGUCAUAUGAGAUCGGCACAUCGUUUGAACGUUGGGAUGACUCGUGGAAGCUUCGGUCUCUGGUGUUUGUACAACGAAAAUGCUAUGAAGAACAGACACGUUGACCGCAGCGCCUUGGUUGUUCGGGGAGAUGUUAGCCCUGGUUAA